AUGGCUGAGAUGAUGGGUAAUGUUUCUGUACUUACAUUUUUUACACUUUCAGGAAUAAAUUACACAAUGCAACAUAGAAUCAUUCUGUUUGCUCUCACUUUACUGUAUUACGCCAUUGUUUGGAUAGUGAAUGUUGUUCUCAUCUUAACCAUCAUUGUGGACCGAAAACUCCAUGAGGCGAUGUAUAUUUUCCUGUGUAAUCUGUGCAUUAAUGGACUUUAUGGGACAGCAGGCUUUUACCCAAAAUUCCUCAAUGAUCUUCUGUCUCCCUUUCAUUUUGUGUCUUACGCUGGAUGCCUUCUGCAGAGUUUUGUGAUACACUCAUCAUCUGGAAGUGAAUUAUCAAUUUUAGCUGUCAUGGCCUUUGAUAGAUAUGUGGCUAUAUGUCGGCCAUUAGAGUACCACUCUGUGAUGACUACUCGAAGAAUAUCUCUGUUAGUUGCCUUCUCUUGGCUAUUGCCUUUUUAUUGCAUGUUCAUUAACACACUGGCAAUUGUUCAACUGAAAUUAUGUGGCUCACAUAUACCUAAACUUUACUGUUCAAAUGCACUAAUUGAUAAACUGGCAUGCUCUAAGUCUAUAGCAAAUACUGCUAUUGUAUAUUUCAACAUUGGCAUUUAUAUUCUCCAUUUGUUGUUUCUUUUGUGGACUUACACAUAUCUAAUCAAAACAUGCCUAACAUCCAAACAUGGCAGGAAGAAGUUUAUGAACACAUGUGUGCCACAUUUAGUCUCUUUAAUCAGUUAUUGCUUCGCUGUGCUUUUUGAUCUAAUGUACACGCGAUAUGGUUCGAAUAUGUUAUCACAGAGCCUGAAAAACUUCUUGGCAAUAGAAUUUCUUAUUCUUCCUCCAGUAAUUAAUCCUCUAGUGUACGGGCUAAAACUGACCAGAAUACGAGACAGAAUUCUUGGUUUUAUUCAAGGACAGAAAGAGAGCGUCUAG